AUGACGAAACAGACCUUGGACAAGAAUUUCCGGUGCAACAUCUGCCAGCGAGGCUUUACUCGUAUUGAUCAUCUGAAGCGACAUCACUUGCGUCACUCCGGCGUGAAACCGUACUCAUGCAUAUUUUGUAAUGAGGCAUUUGCACGAUGCGACAAUCUGCGAGAUCACUAUCCAGACUGCGCGCAACGAGGAGAUAACCCAAUUCCAGAGACUGGGCAGCGAGGAAGACGUCGUCAUGCUUGUGAAUCGUGCACUUCUAUGAAGCUCCGCUGUGAUGGACAAAGUCCUUGCAGCUCAUGUGUCAAGCGGAAUCUCGCGUGUAAUAAUACCGGCAAACAUAAAAAUCCCCGGGUUGAGUUACCUCCAUCCACGGAGAAUGCACUUCUGAAAAACGAAGAACUCGAAUCUUCGGAUCGAGGAUCCAUCAGUUUUCUCCUAAAUGGCGGCACAGAUAGUUUCACCGAGAGGUUUCGUCUCCCACCACGCAGUGAUCGUGCCCGAGGCACGCUAUAUCACACCCAGAAAGAGUUGGAAGAGGCUACAAGUCCCGCCAAUACCUAUUCGCUAGAUGGCGCUACUCCUAAUCUCAAUACGGGUUUCUUUUCGGACUUUGAUGACCUGUCAACAUUUGACGAAAGCUUCAUGUCUUUUAUGACCGGACCAUUCGCUGAAUCUCAAAAAUCUAUGGUCGAUCCCUAUUCAGGCACAUUUGCUGCACACGCACUGUUGCAACUUCCAAACCAUGACCCGAAAGUGGACUUGGCUGACGAUUCAUCGUUCUACGAAACGGAAAGCGCCUUCUCGAGCGCCCUCAUUCAAGCCAUACUCGCAAAGACAUGGACAGUGAAUAUGGAUGCCAAGGCACAACAAGAAAUUUCAUCGAAUCUUCAUUUCCUGCUCACGACACGCCGCAUCCAUAAGUUCGUGUCGCUGUACUUUUUGUACUGGCAUAUCAAUUGCCAACUCCUUCAUCCACCGUCAUUCAACAUCGAGCAGGUUACAAUGCCUUUACUCGCAGCUGUUGUCUUUAUGGGCGCCAUGUAUUCAAAUGAGGAACGUGAGGCGUAUGUGGCUCGGCGAAUGAUAGACUUUGCCGAGCUGUAUGUGUUCUCCACAGACGUCUUUUCUAGCGAACACGAAGUCAGCUGCACGUUUGUUGGUCGGCCAUCGACGGAGACAGAACGCAAGGAUUGGACUCAUUUCCAGAACCUUCAGGCGGGAUACGUGAUGGUAGUCACCCAAUACUGGGCGGGCUCAAAGACAGCGCGGAAUAGGGCGAUGGAGGCUCGUUUCAAUGAGGUCGUUCUCACCGCACGAAGAAUGGAUCUUACACGCUGUCAGCAUCUUCCAGAAGAUCGAAUUCAUGAGACGCUUUGGAUUCAGAAGGAGUGUCGUAUCAGGACUAUGAAUUUCAUCGCAUUACUCGACUGCGCUUUUUCUUUCUACUCGAACUUUCCCUGUCGCCUUACACCUUCGGAGCUGGAAUGCGACCUGCCAUGUGAAGAAUCAGUUUUCAACUGCGAGCAUCCUUUUGCACAGCUCAAGUUCCGAUUUACCAGAGAAACGACCGUUUAUGACGCUUUUCAAUAUCUGUUCGACGACGAACCGGAAACAUCAAACUGUCAGCAUGGCCAACACCACUCGAAUUAUUGCAAGCACAGUCCUUCGAUUGGCACAACCUUUACGGUUACCGACAUGUUUUUGAUGAUACAUAUUCUUUACUCGUACAUCAAUUCACACAUGACAGUCAUGGCACCAAUAAUACGCAUUCAACAACUCAAAAAACAAAAAGACCCAUCGGCAGCUACCACUAGAUCGAUAACAACAGACGAUCCCGUUCUCGUGAGCAUCCGAGCAGCAUUGAGUCGAUGGCGUACAUUAUGGCUUAACUUGAAGUCAUGCAUCCCAGCAGAUGAAUGGGCUGCAAUGGGCUUCAUGAAGACAGCGUACAAUUUCUGGCAGGUGGCCAAUUUGCUGAUUACGAAGAAGCAUAGCGUUGACGUUAUCAUGCAAAUGGAGGUCAAAUGCGAGGAUAAGCUGGAGAAGUUGAAGGUGCUUUUGCAAGAUGAUAAUGAUUGA